AUGGCCUCGCUGGACCUGCCCUACCGGUGUCCGCGGUGCGGGGAGCACAAGCGUUUCCGCAGCCUCUCCUCACUGCGGGCGCACCUGGAGUACAACCACACCUAUGAGACCCUCUAUGUCCUCUCCAAGACCAACAGCAUCUGCGAUGCCGCCGUCUUCCCCCUGGCCGCCGACGGGGCCCUGCUGACGCCGGCCGCCCGGCGGGACUACUUUGAGAGCACCUCCUUCCAAGGCAAGGAGCAGCGCUUCUCCUGCGACCUCGUCCCCGCCGAGGAGCUGGAGCCGGCCCCGUCCUCCUCCCCCUCGCCCCGCUAUGUCCACGAGAUCGAGAUCCCGCUGACCGAGAUCUUCACCCGGGGCAAAGCCGUGGCGCCGGCCCCCACGCCGCCGGCCGCUAUGGACGCUGCCUACGAGGAAGGCCUGGCCCGCCUGAAGAUCCGUGCCUUCGAGAAGCUGGAGGUGGACAAGCGGCUGGAGAAGCUGACGGAGGAGGUGGAGCAGAAGAUCGCCUCGCAGGUCGGCCGGCUCCAGGUGGAGCUGGACCGCAAGAGCUCGGAGCUGGAGAAAGCCAAGCAGGAGAGCCUGCGGCUCAGCCGGGAGAAGCAGGAGCUGGAGGACCGGGCAUCCGAGCUGUCCCGCCAGGUGGACGUCAGCGUGGAGAUGCUGGCCUCGCUCAAGCAGGACCUGGUGCAGAAGGAGCAGGAGCUCACCCGCAAGCAGCAGGAGGUGCUGCAGAUCGACCAGUUCCUGAAGGAGACGGCCGCCCGCGAGGCCAACGCCAAGGUGCGCCUCCAGCACUUCAUCGAGGAGCUGCUGGACCGUGCGGACCGCGCCGAGAAGCAGCUCCAGAUCAUCAGCAGCAGCUGCGGCACCACCCCGAACGGCAGCCUGGGGCGCUGCGGCACGCCGGGCGCCAAGGCCAUUGGCCGACCGAGAGAGAGGCACCCAGGGCCGGGGACGGCCGUGCACGGCCCCUACGCCAUUCCCAACCAGCGCUCCUCCUCCAGCACCGGCGCCUCGAGCAGGGCGAAAGCGGUGUCGCAGAGCUCGGGCUGCUACGACAGCGACAGCGCGGAGCCGUGCCCCACCGACGACACAACCGACGGGCACCCCUACGUGGCGCGGGACGGCGGCCGGGGCUCAGGGCUGCGGCGCCAGGCCAUCCAAAAUUGGCACCGCCGGCCCUACCGCAACAGCACCGAGGGCGAGGAGGGCGACGUCUCUGACGUGGGGUCCCGCACCACCGAGUCGGAGGCUGAGGGCUGGGACCCGGAGGUGCCCGGCAUUGCCGCAUCCCGGCCCCCCGGCAGCUGCCGGCUGACUGCCAGGUCCGAGGGGGCCAUGUGCAAGGGGGGCCGGCUGGAGAGGGGCAGCCCUGUCCACUCCAGCGAGGUGAUCAGCCCCGAGAUCCUCAAGAUGAGGGCAGCGCUCUUCUGCAUCUUCACCUACCUGGACACCAAGACCCUGCUGCGGGCGGCCGAGGUGUGCAAGGACUGGAAGUUCGUGGCCCGGCACCCGGCCGUGUGGACACGGGUGCUGCUGGAGAAUGCCAGGGUCUCCUCCAAGUUCCUGGCCAUGCUGUCCCAGUGGUGCACCCAGAUGCACUCCCUCACCCUCCAAAACCUCAAGCCACGCCAGCGGGGGAAGAAGGAGAGCAAGGAGGACUACAUGAAGAGCACGCGGGGCUGCCUGGAAGCCGGGCUGGAGUCCCUGCUGAAGGCCACGGGCAGCAACCUGCUCAUCCUCCGCAUCUCGCACUGCCCCAACGUGCUGACCGACCGCUCGCUCUGGCUGGCCAGCUGCUACUGCCGGGCCCUGCAGGCCGUCACCUACCGGAGCUCUACGGACCCCGUGGGUCACGAAGUCAUCUGGGCCCUCGGAGCAGGCUGCAGGGAUAUCAUCUCUCUCCAGGUCGCACCUCUGCACCCGUGCCAGCAGCCAACGCGUUUCAGCAACCGCUGCCUUCAGAUGAUCGGCCGGUGCUGGCCACACCUGCGGGCGCUGGGCAUCGGAGGGGCAGGCUGUGGUGUCCAGGGACUGGCCUCCUUAGCCCGAAACUGCAUGCGGCUGCAGGUCCUGGAGCUGGACCACGUGGCGGAGAUCAACCAGGAGGUCGCAGCUGAGAUGUGUCGCGAGGGGCUGAAGGGGCUGGAGAUGCUGGUGCUGACCUCCACGCCGGUCACCCCCAAAGCCCUGCUGCACUUCAACAGUGUGUGCCGGAACCUGAAGUCCAUCGUCGUGCAGGUGGGCAUUGUGGACUACUUCAAGGAACCCCACAGCCCUGAGGCCAAGAAGAUGUUUGAAGAAAUGGUGAACAAGCUUCAGGCCCUGAGGAAAAGACCCGGCUUCUCCAAGAUCUUACACAUCAAGGUGGAAGGAGGCUGCUAG